AUGGCGCCCAUCAGCACCAGCACCUCUACAUCCAGCUCCCCCUGCUCCCGCCAGGGGCAGAGGUCAAGGGGCUGGGCCCUUUUUGCCCCCAACGUGCUGGCGGAGGCAGCAGCAGCAGGGCUGGGGGUGGCCCUGGACCCGGGGGGGUCGCGGGUGCUGCAGGCACUGCUGCCCCAGGCCCCCCUGGGGAUGCUGGGGCGGGUGCUGCCCCCCUUGGUGGUGGGGGGAGUCCCGCAGCUGCCCCCUGGAGGGGCGCAGCUAAAGGCCAAGGGGGUGGAGCUGACAGUCAAGGCGGCAGAGGCAGUGGCAGAGGGGGCGGAGCUUCCCCCCUCCUUCCCACUCCUCCUGGGGCAAUUAGCAGAGGUCUUUGAGGAGCAUCUGGCCUCCCUGUUGUCCCCAGCCAGCGCCAGCCUCUGCCUGCAGGUGGCACUGGAGGUGCUGCACCACAGCCAAUCGCCUGCCUGCUCCCGCCUCUGCGAUGCACUCAUUGGCCAGCUGGCCCCGCCCAUCCCCACCCCUACUGAGAGCACCCUGGUGUGGGGGUUGCAGGACCCUGAGCGCAGUCGGCUGCUGGAGGCCGCCAUGGCGGUGGUGGGGCCCCAGUGCCUGCGGGAGCUCUUCCAUCAGCAGCUGAAGGGCCACCUCCGGGGCGUGGCUGCCCACCGGGUGGCCAAUCAUGGGCUGCAGCGCCUGCUGGACCACGCCCCUGCUGAUGUGGUUGGGGAGGUGCUGUCGGAGCUGGGCCCUGCCCUGGCUGAGCCCUUGGCCUGCGGCCACCCCGGGGUGCUCACGGCCCUGCUGGGUGCCUGCUGCCGACACCCCAGCCUCCAGCAGGAGGCGCUGCGCUGCCUCUUCCAGGCUUUUGGCUGCUGGGAUCCACGGGAGCGACGCCAGGCCUGUGUGGGGCUCCUGGCCAGGCUCUGCCCCUUUGGGGGCGGGGACAAGGAUAUGGAGGGGGCGGAGCCAGAGCCCUCGCUGGGCCCCAUCACCCUCCAUGGCUCCCUCCUUCUCCAGCACCUGCUGCAUUUCAGGGACCCAGGGCCGGUUCUGGCAGGGUUGGAGGCGCUGCCCCACCCUGCGCUGGCUGCCCUGGCCCGCAGCCCCCCUGGCAGCCGGGUUUGGGACGCCCUCCUUGCCUCACCCACCGUCCCCACCCGUGCCCGCCGCCGCCUCCUCCGCAAGCUCAAGGGUCACUUCCUCUCGCUGGCGUGUCACCGCAAUGGCAGCCGUGUCCUCGAUGCCAUCUGGGCCUCAGCCUCUGCCCCUGCCCGUGCCGCCAUCGCCAAUGAGCUGGUGUCCCAGCACCAGGCCCUGCAGCGAGACCCCCAUGGCCGGGGGGUGGCCCGGACCCUCGCCCUUGACCUCUUCUGCCGCCGCCACCGCCUGUGGGAGCAGCUACAAGCGGCCCCUGACCGCCGCCGGGGCCUCCUGGAACCCCUCCUGGAGGACUGA